AUGCGCGCUUCGGGAUGGACAAUCUUAUCAGCUAUCCUUAUUUUGCUUAUUGGCCUUCCCUUGGUUCGCAAAUUGCCUGACGCGGGUACCUUCCCCUCAACAUUAUCGAUAUUUUUUGGUGGGGUCUUUUUCCUCCCACUGUGUCGACGUCUUCUUUCUCGCAUCUCUCGCAUUGGAGCUUCAGAGCCACAUCAUGGUUCGAGUAGCUCUGUAUAUGGCCUUGAUCAUGGCAGGUUGAAUCUGACACUCCCGCCCCCGAUGUGGAUGAAUAUGGGGUAUUGGCAUAGCAACCAUGCAGGAUAUAUACCAAAAACCCUACCAGCCGCCAGCAUUGCACUGCUUGAGGAAGUCUUCAAAACUGCUGGGUUCCCCCUUCUGCAGGAAGUUGCCCAUCAGCGGAUGCCCACCCGAAUCCUGAUUGACCUUGGCUUUGGAUGCGGAGACCAAACACUUUAUCUCAUGGACGACUUUCCCGUUCAACACCCAGAUAAAAGGCCCCAGAAUCAACGACUCUAUGUACCGCACUUCGAAUCUUACAUUGGAAUUACCGUCGAUUCGAAGCAGUUUCAAUUCGCAGAACAGCGUAUCAAGAAAUUCCGACCCAGCGCUAAAGUUGACGGAAAACAGAAGGUUAGACUUCUGUGUGCAGAUGCAGCAAAACCACAUCAAUGGGAUGAUGGGCUUGUAAAGGAGGUUUGCUGGGUGGCGGGUCAGGCAGAUGAGCCCUGCGUUCUUGCACUCGACACUCUCUACCACUUUUCUCCUUCUCGUUGGCCGAUCAUAGAUUACGCCUCGAAUUGUCUUCACGCAACAUUUAUGGCUUUCGAUAUCUGUCUUGCGAGCCGUGUUUCUUUCCCCAACAAGAUCCUUCUUCGCAUUAUUACCUCGCUGAUGGGAGCACCUUGGGCCAACUUCGUUACCGCAGAAGAGUACCGGGUGAAACUAGAGAAAGUCGGUUACAAAGAUAUCACCAUCAGAGAUAUUUCCGAUUACGUGUUCGAACCACUGGCUUGUUUCCUGGAAGACCAGGACCGGAGAUUGCGAGUCAUAGGUUUUGACCUGGGCGCGUUUCAUGUCGCAAAAUGGAUGUUCAAGUGGUGGGGCACGACUCGAGUUGUAAGAGGAGUUAUUGUCGUUGCAAAAAAGUAAG